AACUUCGUCCUGGCAGACUACGCGGUCUUCGCCCUCAUGCUCCUGGUCUCCGUGCUCAUCGGACUGUUCCAGGCGCUGAAGAAGAGCGCUCGGCGGGGGAGGGUGGACGACUUCUUCACAGGCGGGAGACAGAUGUCCGCGGUGCCCGUGGGCUUGUCACUCUGCGCCAGCUUCAUGUCAGCCGUGCAGGUUCUGGGCGUUCCGUCCGAGGCCUACCGGUACGGUUUAAAAUUCCUGUACAUGUGCCUGGGCCAGACGUUCAGCUCCGUCCUCACCGCCUACCUGUUCCUCCCUGUCUUCUACAAACUCGGCCUCACCAGCACGAACCAGUAUCUGAAGAUGAGGUAUGGAAGAGGCAUGCAGCUCCUGGGAAGCUUCCAAUUUCUCGUGGCAACGCUGCUCUACACUGGGGUAGUGAUUCUCGCCCCUGCCCUUAUCCUGAACCAAGCCACCGGGCUCAACAUGUGGGUUUCACUCUUUGCCACUGGGGCCAUUUGCACAUUCUACACGACCCUGGGCGGCAUGAAGGCAGUCAUCUGGACAGACGUGUUCCAGAUUAUUGUGAUGCUCGCCGGUUUCAUAACCAUCUUUAUCCAUGGCACCGUUUUGGUUGGAGGCCCAGCCAAGGUUCUGGAGAUCGCGAACAACGGAUCACGCCUUAAUUUCGACGAUUUUAAUCCGGACCCCAGGAGGCGCUACACUUACUGGAGCUUCACUGUGGGGGGCACGAUGGUCUGGCUGUCCAUGUACGGAGUGAACCAGGCGCAGGUGCAGCGCUACAUUUCCUGCAAGACGCAGAAAGCAGCUCGGUGGGCCCUGUUCGUGAACCAGCUGGGUCUGUGUCUCAUUGUGAGCAGUGCUGCCACCUGUGGGGUCGUCAUGUUCGCUCUCUACUCCACCUGCGACCCUCUCCAGGCGGGGAAGAUCUCCACUGCUGAUCAGUAUAUGCCCUACUUUGUCCUGGACAUCUUCAGAGACUUCCCCGGCUUCCCCGGUCUGUUUCUGGCGUGCGCAUUCAGCGGAACUCUAAGCACUGCCUCCACUAGCAUCAACGCCAUGGCAGCCGUCACCAUGGAGGACCUGUUGAAGCCGCACCUGGGCAACAUGUCCCAGAAGAGGUUAAUCCUAAUCUCUAAAGCUCUCUCUCUGAUGUACGGGGUUGGAUGCAUCACUGUGGCUGCUCUCUCCUCCCUCUUAGACUGGGGAGUCCUUCAGGGCUCCUUUGUCGUCAUGGGAGUGGUCAGCGGACCACUUCUAGGCGCGUUUAUCCUGGGAAUGUUUGUUCCUGCUACGAAUAGCGCAGGGGCAUUUGCCGGUGUGUCCGUGGGAUUUUGUCUCAGCUUAUGGCUGGCAGUGGGCUCAACACUGUAUCCUCCCAGCCCUGAGAUAAUGGGAGUUCUGCCCACUUACGCAGAGGAGUGCCUGUUACAAAACAUCACACUCAACAGCAGUGUCAUCCAAGACAGCGUCUCGGCCUGGACCACAGUGCCCCUGGGGCAGCACGGGGUCACGGCCCUCGAGGACUUCUACUCCAUAUCCUACCUCUACUUUGGAGCUUUAGGAACGGGCUCCACGGUGCUCACUGGGCUUCUGGUCAGCUAUAUCACAGGACCUACCGAACGGACAGCCAUUGCCCCAGGGCUGCUGUGGUGGGACAACCUGAGGGUUAAAACUUUGGAUGCCCCCUCAGAGAACACCCAAGUGUUAAAGAACUGCGGUCCUCUACUAGUCCCUAUGGACUCCAUAAAACCAAAGACAUCCAGUGAAAAAAGAGGAUGUUAUGAGAAGGAGAAGGCUCCAUUGUUUGAAAUGGAGAACAAUCCACACUCUGUACUGCUUAACAAGGUUUAG